CGCUGGCGUGAUCGUCGGCGCUACAUACUGCGCCUGCGCGCGCGCCGCGGCCUUUUUCCCCCACGGAGCCGUGCUGGUUCUGCAGCUCUGUGACAAGCCGCGGAAUCGGGGUUCUGUUCCGCAGGAUGGGGUUUGUGAAAGUUGUCAAGAACAAGGCCUACUUCAAGAGAUACCAAGUGAAAUUCAGAAGAAGGCGAGAGGGCAAAACUGACUACUAUGCUCGGAAGCGAUUGGUUAUCCAAGAUAAAAAUAAGUACAACACACCUAAAUACAGAAUGAUUGUUCGUGUAACGAACAGAGAUAUCAUUUGUCAGAUUGCUUAUGCCCGUAUAGAAGGAGAUAUGAUAGUUUGUGCAGCUUAUGCUCACGAACUCCCAAAAUAUGGUGUGAAGGUUGGCCUGACAAAUUAUGCUGCAGCAUAUUGUACUGGCCUGCUGCUGGCCCGCAGGCUUCUUAAUAGGUUUGGUAUGGACAAAAUUUAUGAAGGCCAAGUCGAAGUGACCGGAGAUGAAUACAAUGUGGAAAGUAUCGAUGGUCAACCUGGUGCCUUCACCUGUUACUUGGAUGCAGGACUUGCCAGAACUACUACCGGGAAUAAAGUUUUUGGGGCCCUAAAGGGAGCUGUCGAUGGAGGCUUGUCUAUCCCUCACAGUACCAAACGGUUCCCUGGUUAUGAUUCAGAAAGCAAAGAAUUCAGUGCUGAGGUACACCGAAAGCACAUCAUGGGUCAGAACGUCGCAGACUACAUGCGUUACCUGCUUGAAGAAGACGAGGACGCUUACAAGAAGCAGUUCUCUCAGUACAUAAAGAACAACGUGACUCCAGACAUGAUGGAGGAGAUGUAUAAGAAAGCUCAUGCUGCGAUACGAGAGAAUCCAGUGUAUGAGAAGAAGCCUAAGAAAGAAGUUAAAAAGAAGAGGUGGAACCGUCCCAAAAUGUCACUUGCCCAGAAGAAAGAUCGGGUAGCUCAGAAGAAGGCAAGCUUCCUUAGAGCUCAGGAACGAGCUGCCGAGAGUUAAACCAAACCACAAUUUUCUAUCAAGAUUUUUCAGAUAAGACAAUAAUAAACUUAUUGAAUAAGCA